GAAGGUAGAGAACCUGAAGCAGCGAUGCUGUCGCGAACGGCGCUGCGGUGCGUCAAGUACGGCUCGACGCCGAAGGACAUCCGCUACGGCAUGGAGGCCCGCAACGCACUCCUCGCCGGUGUGGAGAACUUAGUGAAGGCCGUCGGUGUCACCCUCGGCCCGAAAGGCCGCAACGUGAUUCUUGAGAUGCCGUACGCCAGCCCAAAGAUUACCAAAGACGGCGUCACCGUGGCGAAGGCCAUCGAGUUCGAGGAUAGCUUUGAGAACCUGGGCGCCAACUUGGUCCGUCAAGUUGCGGGCCUGACGAACGACACGGCGGGGGAUGGCACCACCACGGCCACGGUGCUAUCCGGCGCAAUCUUCAAAGAAGGCUUUCGCAGCGUGGCGACCGGCACGAACCCGAUGGACCUGAAGCGUGGCAUCGACCUUGCCUGCCGCGAGGUGCUCGUUUCUCUCGCGGAGCAGUCGCGUCCGGUGACGUCCAAGUCCGAAAUCACGCAGGUGGCGAUGAUCUCGGCGAACAUGGACCAGGAGAUCGGCAGCCUGAUUGGUGAUGCAAUGCAGCAGGUCGGCAAGGAUGGGGUCAUCACCACCCAAGAAGGUCGUUCCCUUAACACCGAGCUGGAGUUGGUGGAAGGGAUGUCCUUUGAGCGCGGCUACACCUCUCCGUAUUUUGUGACCAACACCAAGGCGCAGAAGUGCGAGCUGGAAAACGCGCUGGUGUACGUGGCGAACCGCAAGCUGACCAGUGUGGCCCACAUUUUGCCCGCACUGAACUACGCGAUUCAGCAGAAGCGGCCGCUGCUGGUGAUUGCCGAAGACGUGGAGGGGGAGGCCAUGCACACCUUCCUGUACAACAAGAUCCAGGGCCGCAUCAGUGGGUGUGCGGUGAAGGCACCCGGCUUCGGCGACAUGCGCAUCAACCAGCUGCAGGAUAUCGCUGUGUUUACAGGGUCCCAGAUGAUUUCCGAAGACUUGGGCCUUUCGCUGGACCAGAACGACUUCUCAGAGCGCUUUUUGGGCACAUGCCGGAAGGUGACCGUCUCGCGCGACGAGUGCAUCUUGAUGGAGGGAGGUGGUAGCGCCAUUGCCGUGGAGGAGCGUGUCCAGAUGAUCAAGGACAUGAUCUCCGCCGAGGACCACGAGUACAACCGCGAGCGGCUGGUGGAGCGCCUGGCGAAGCUGUCCGGCGGGGUGGCGGUGAUCAAGGUGGGCGGCGCCUCGGAGGUGGAGAUCAACGAGAAGAAGGACCGCAUCAUCGACGCGCUCAACGCCACACGGGCCGCCGUCUCCGAGGGCAUCCUUGCGGGUGGCGGCACGGGUUUGUUGAUCGCUUCACUGCGGCUGGAGGGCGUCUCGAAGGACCGCCGUCUGCCACCGGAUAUUCGCACCGGGGUGAACAUUGUGAAGAAGGCGAUUGGGCUGCCGGCGCGGUACAUCGCGAACAACGCGGGGGUGGAGGGCAGCGUGGUGGCGGGAAAGAUUUUAGCCCGCAGAGACCCCAGCUUUGGCUACAACGCGCAAACGGGCGAGUACGUGAACAUGUUCGAGGCAGGCAUUGUCGACCCAAUGAAGGUGGUGAAGUCGGCCGUGGUAAACGCGUGCUCGGUGUCUGGCAUGAUGAUCACGACGGAGGCGGCGGUGGUGGAGAAAGACCUUCUCGGCCGCGACACGCGCAUCGAGGACGAGGGGAUGGAGGAUAAGGAGAAGAAGCGCGGCGUGGACACGUUACGCAAGCAGGUGAAUGAGAAGAACGCGCCGAUGCCGAAGAUGGCGCCUCCCAUGAAGUUUGACAUGAAGGGUCUGUAA